ACCAAACAACCAACAACAACCACACGACCACGACCAAACCACACCAACCCGAAGAUGGCUGAUCCAAGGCUGCGGCAGAUCAAGAUCAAGACGGGCGUGGUGAAGCGCCUGGGGAAGGAACGCGAGGUGAACCUGAAGGAGAUUGCACAGCAGGAAAAGCGCAUCCAGAAGUACAAGGACGAGGGCCGCGAUGAAUACGACAUUAAGAAGCAGUAUGAGGUGUUGGAGGAGUGCAAGAUGAUGGUGCCAGACACGGAGCAGCGCCUAAAGAAGGCGCACGACGAGCUCACAGCCAUGCUGGAGUCUGAGAAGGACUUGAGCGAGGCAGAGGAGUACAAGGCGGCGAAGCAGAUGCUUGCAGAUGUCACGGUGGAGUGA